AUGGGCGAGCUCGGUUGGCACAGCUGCAACAUUGCGGACUGUGGAACUAGUGGGUGUUCUUUGAUUGCCCAUUUUUAUCACGUCUGUUGUUUUUGA